GAAUUCCCCUUCCUAACCAUCUCACAAAUGCCUCCGGGUAUGAUUCGCCACUUUGGAAGCAUUGUCGCCUCAAAAUCGGCGUUACCAACUGUAGAUGAGGUGAAUGCUCGAAUCUGCAAGGCUCGGGCCGCGUUUACUAACUUGAGGCACCUAUGGCGUCAGAAUGGUUUAUCUCUGAAUCUGAAGGGACGUGUGUAUCAAGCUACAGUACGGGCUGUUUUGUUGUAUGGCUGUGAGACUUGGCCUAUUCGAGCAGCGGACCUGAGACGUCUUCAGGUGUUCGACAAUCGUUUUCUGAGAACCAUAGCUCGUGUGGGUUGGUGUCGGCGAAUCCGUAACGAGGCAGUUAGAGAGCGUGUUUUCGGUUGUGUAACGGGUACUUCCAUUGAAGAAUGUGUCCAGCACCAGAAGCUGCGUUGGUUGGGUCAUGUUUUACGCAUGCCGAAUCAUCGUUUACCGAAAAGAGUACUAUUUUCUAUACCCAAUUCGGAGUGGCGUAAACAGAGAGGUGGCCAACCCAUGACCUGGCAGAGGAGUAUGAAGGAGAUCACGAAACGCUUGGGUGUCGUCGGUGCUACUCGCCUUCCAGGAUGGGGACCGUGUGAUCCUCACUGUGCCUGGUUGGAUACACUACAAUAUAUGGCUGCCAACCGAUCUGAAAUCCAGUUCCGUGAUGCGUGGUGGCUGGAAUUACGCACAGAAGUGGCACAACACAUGUACAGCGUGUACUGUAACGCGGUCAUCGGCUACCGGGAGGAGUGUGCGAUAUACGAAGAUGUGUGUUCAAUAAACCGGUGCAUCGAACUGGAUCCAAUUUACGCACCUCUACGCCGGAGAGAUCAACAUCGCAACCGAAACACUCAAGGAGGACCGAACAAUGGAUUAAAAAACGAAGAAACAAGGAACUCCUCGGAAUUACCAUUUGAACCUUGCGCUACCGAGGAAUUGGAUAAUUCAGUUGUUUCGCCUGCUUCCUCUCCGUACCUUAUCAAAACCGACCGCAGGGACUCAGCCAGUACCGCGGUACCGUCUCCACCUGGGGACAGUAACACAACUCGGAAACAUACUGUUUGUCGAAGGAGCUCAAAACACAUUCCAGCUUCCUCCAAUCCUGAUUGUUCCAUAUGUCAUUUGGCCCGCUACCCGGAAACUGCAACCCGACAAGUGUCCUUUCAAUCGACACCCUUAACAAGAUGUGCGAUUUGCAACGCAGCUCCUGUGCCAGAUGUGCUACUCUCUUCGACAGACUUUCCAGCCGAACUGCUUGUUACCGGAAAGCCAUCUCUCAUCCAGGCUCGUGUCUGUCGGUCAAAGAAGGAUGUCAAAGGUGAAGUUGCUGCAAAUGAACUGAGUGAGCUUCUGCCCUUCAUGGAAUAUGAACUGCACUAUCGGUUGUUGCAGCAAUUGAGACUUCGGGGAAUGAAUGCUAUCUUUGGGUUGCGUUUCCGCAUCACAAUCGGUGAAUAUUUCAUCGCGACAAUUGCUACCGGGACCGGGGUCUUCGCCUCUUCUCUACCAAGUCCUCCAUUACCUAAAGUCCCACAUGUCCGAACGCCUACUUCCUCAGUUAACGACCGAUUAUUUCGUGUACGACUGCAGAAACAACUGAAAGACUAUAUUCACAAAAGUCAUUGUCUUUUUGGGCUUGGCGGACAGGACGAUCAAAGGAAGGAAACUACGGUAUUCCAGGAUCCAUGCGAUCGGCGUGAACUCCGUUGCGAGGAACAACUCAUUUCAUUGGAUUCUUCAAUGCAAAAGCAAACGUUAUAUGAGUUCGUUGAUGCCGAGCACACAGUAAACGGAUCUGAAUGUCCUGAAGAGCAAGAUCCUGGUACUGUGUACUUGGAAACUAGGGAGCCUGAAGCCGAGGACCUGGCAACAUUUCUCAGGGAUCCCCUACAACCGUCGGGUCUACUUCUGACAACCACGGAUGUGUUGCCCUGUAACAUGAAGCAAACAAGUUUCAACGAAGCUGUGUUUUCCUGGGUACGUGGUUCAGAGGAUGGUAAGGCCGAUAACUUGGCUGCCAAAUUUUGCACUCUCCUCGGUGAUGAUUGGAUUCCAGUGCAGAGUUUCACCCGAAUUCACGAGGAAAAACUAACUUCAUCUGAUUCUUUGAUCGAAAAUAACGGCAUUGUCCCGAUGACCAUCAGGGAUGCGAAUAUUGAUGCCACUACUCCGUUCUCUGAGAACCUUAUCUCGAAACCUGGAUCCUUUUCACAGAGUUCUACCGUAAAUCCUUUGGCCACUAACCUGUCAUCCUCAAGUGCCGGUCCGGCAGCCAGCAAACAAGUAGUCUCAACCAACCUACUCAGUUCUUCAUUUUCCAGUGCGACAAACGUAUGGCCCCCAAAUACCAAUCGCAACAGAUCUGAACAGUCGUUGGGUUCUGCCAAUUUGGGGCGCUCAUUAAGCGACAUACUCAUCGAUUCCAACCAGUUGACAUGGUUUCGUUUCCGCCAUUUAAUGCCAUGUGUCCUGAGUGCGUUGGAUUUCCGUUUGACGAUCACGGAUGAUGAUUUUCUUCAACUAAACCAUCAACAACCGUGCAAACUUUCAAAAAGCAGUGACCAUACCCGAGAACAUCCAUCUCCGCCACCUGAUUGGAACGACCCACUCAACGGUUGUCUAUUGACACCGUUGUCCAGUCUACCCAACACUAUGGUGGAAACAUAUUUGGGUAAUCUGGACUUCUUUUUCAUCCGUGAAACCAACGACCUUCGUGAGGCUGGGGGUAUAUGCGGCUUCCUGCACACUAGUUUGGCAGAAGUUCAAGCUGUGGUUGGUGCUCAUACAACCAGUUUGGGUGGGAACGCUCUGUUGUCCUACCAUCUAAGUGAAGUCCUCGUUUUACGGCCCGCUUCUCGAAAUCAGGCUCAAUGCUUACUCAACGUAUGUGGCGACAUGGCUCGAAUAGCACAGUCAAAAUCAUACAGAGGUGCCGCCAGUUAGCUCUCACAUGCAUUAUGUGGCACAAAUCCCAAGUUUGGAAGUAGUUCCUUAACUGAACUAUGAAUUUCCUUGUAUUUUUGCAUUUGACGAGCUGGUUUAACGGACCAGUUGUCCGUGUUUUAUGAAUUGUGCUGAACUGUUUGUUAGUCGGACACAUUCCGCGUGAUUAUACGUGUUUCUGUUGUUACAAAUAUCUUUUGUACAAAGCUUUCAGCUUUCUUUCUUAAUGGACUUUGGCC